AUGGUAACGAACUAUGUGAAUUCAGCUGCGAGUCUCCCAAAUCUUGAUGGACAUCGCCAAAUCACGGAUCAAUAUGAGAAUCCUUAUUUUCUUCAUUCAUCGGAUCACGCAAGGAUGAUUUUGGUAUCGGAUCGUCUCACAUCUGGAUCUGAUUUUCACUCUUGGCGCCGUUCAAUGCGUAUGGCUCUCAAUGUCAGGAACAAGUUGGGGUUUAUUGAUGGAAGCAUUCCACAGCCUCCUAGUGAUCAUCGUGAUUCAGUUUCGUGGUCUCGUUGUAAUGAUAUGAUGUCUACAUGGAUUCUGAAUUCUGUUUCCAAGAAGAUUGGGCAGAGUUUGCUUUUUGUACCUACUGCUGAAGGAAUCUGGAAGAGUUUGAUGUCCCGCUUUAAACAAGAUGAUGCUCCGAGGGUCUUCCAGAUUGAAAAGCAUUUGAAUUCGAUCCAGCAAGGUGCUAUGGAUGUUACUGCGUAUUAUACCAAAUUGGUUACUCUUUGGGAAGAAUAUAAGAAUUAUGUAGAUCUCCAUGUUUUUUCUUGUGGUAAAUGCGAAUGUAACGCUGCAGCUUUAUGGGAUAAACUACAACAACAUGGAAGAGUAACAAAGUUCUUGAUGGGAUUGAAUGAGGUCUAUGAGCCAACACGACGACAUAUUUUGAUGUUGAAACCGGUUCCUUCUAUUGAUAAUGUUUUUCAUAUGGUGGAGCAAGAUGAGAGACAAAAGACUCUAGUUCCAUCAACAAAACUGGAUAAUGUUGCCUUUCAAAGUACAGGUCCAGCUGAUCUUAACUCUGGUUAUUACUCUAACAAUCUUGAGGGAGUAAAUAAUGGAGGUUACUCUGGUCCUAUGGACAAUGUUUCUUAUGCUGCAUUUAGGCCAAGUUAG